CCGCCAAAAAGGUGAAAGCGAUCGGUUUAAUUGGAACCCGCGUGUCGCCGUACCCUAGGGAAGUCGUACACGAGCAGACGCCGGCGACGACAGCCCACAUAAGACACAACUCAAGACGACUGAGCGUAGCAUCACGCAUGGAAUGGGGGCACAUUUGUCAUGCAAGGGUCCAAGCGACCAAGCAAGCAGAGAGGGAAUGAGAGGGGGGGGGCGAAGGGAAGAAUACCCUGGGAGAGAGGGAAGAUGGACCAACCCACCCCCGUUUCAUGUCUGUCUCAAGAAACUCAACACCAUGAUAUACCCAAGAAGUCAUCAUCAUCACUCGCUCACUACCUACCCGGGUCCCGGCCGGGCACGGCGCCCAGUCCCUCCAUCUCUCUCCCGUUUUCGCUCCGCCUCGUUCUCUCGAUCGAGGCAAGGCAAGGGGAGUGGAGGGGAGGGAGAUUACAGGCGACUGGACGGGAGUCGACGUGCCCGACUUGGCGCCCCUCCUCCUCCUGCUCCUCGAUUCCCCAUGCUCGUCCGUGCGCACUUUUACUGUUAUUCCUGUAGCGAUGCUCUCUUUCUCCCUUUUUCUGCCCACGGUGGCACCAUCGCCCCCCUCUUCUCCGCGAUUCCCAACGCCAGGGUAUCGCGUUGCAUAUCGGAAAUCACACAAGUUCCUGCAAGAGGCUGCCCGUCAACCACACGUGGUAGGCACGAGAAGGUCAAAGGCCGGUUUGUCUGCCUGGAUCGUGCCGUCACAACAUCCCAUAGACCCCCCCCCAAUUCCACCAGCAGACGCGCUUCCAGGCCAACACCCUUCUCUAACGUGGACAUCAACUUCGCUCAGCCCAAGGGAUCGGACGGGGCGCAGCACACGGUCAGGCAAUGGGCAGAAGGAAAUAAGCUCCGUCACAUGGGCCCAAUCUGUUAACGGUUUUGCCCUGCGCAUGAACUGGGCCAGAAUAUAGUUCGUAGCAGCAAGAUGGAUAGACUUUUUUUGUCCUUCUUGGCCGUGGCCAGAGCUAGUCUGG